AAGAUUUCCCUUCCGGGUUCUGUUUUUCCCUCAGGCUUCAGCUACGACUUUACGAGUACGAUGCCGCUUAACAAGUUAACAACUAAUAACAAAUAAAACAAAAGAAAGUCGGGUGAUGGAAGCAACCUUCUCUGAUUUUAAAAGACGAUGAUUAUGUGUUGGAUAAGAGAAAGAGGGAAAGAGGGAGAUACAAAGAGAGCUUUGCUGCAUAGCGCAUACGAUCGUACCAGAACGAUAUUUUCAUUGCAGUUGGGCACGUUAUAGCAUCGCUACUUCGCUAGAACAAGAUGAGUUUCCUGUUUGGCAAGAGGAAAACCCCCGCAGAGCUUCUGCGGGAAAAUAAGAGGAUGCUAGACAAAUCCAUUAGAGAAAUUGAAAGGGAGAGACAAGGGCUGCAAUCACAAGAGAAGAAGCUUAUUGUGGAGAUAAAGAAAAGUGCCAAGCAAGGACAGAUGGGAGCUGUGAAAAUAAUGGCAAAAGACCUUAUUAGAACGCGGCAUCAAAUUGAAAAGUUUUAUAAGCUUAAGUCGCAACUUCAAGGUGUUGCUCUUCGAAUUCAGACAUUGAAAUCAACACAAGCAAUGGGGGAGGCCAUGAAAGGUGUUACAAAGGCAAUGGGGCAGAUGAAUAGACAGAUGAACUUGCCAUCGUUGCAGAAAAUAAUGCAAGAAUUUGAAAGGCAAAAUGAGAAGAUGGAAAUGGUAACAGAGGUAAUGGGAGAAGCCAUUGAUGAUGCUUUGGAAGGGGAUGAGGAAGAGGAAGAAUCAGACGAGCUUGUGAAUCAGGUGCUUGAUGAAAUAGGAAUUGACAUCAAUUCAGAGUUAUUGAAUGCCCCCUCAGCAGCAGUGGCUGCACCAGCUGCAAAGACUAAAGUUGCCCAAGCUGAAUCAACAGGCAACGAGGAUAGUGGGAUAGAUGAUGAGCUACAGGCAAGGUUAGACAAUUUAAGAAGAAUGUAAGUGUUAUCCUCAUUAUGAAAGAAGCACGAGCUCUACUGUGAAAUGAGAAUAUAAAGUCUCUUGUAAUAUGAGUGAAAUUAUGUCUGAUUAUGCAGAUUUUGAAAGUUUUCCCCUUUAAGUUCUCUUUGUUCAGUCUUUGACCAUGCAUGCAUUUAUGCAUGUAAACACUGGUACAAGUUGACAUGCUUUGUUUGAAGGACUAGGAAAAGACAAACAGAGAUGUUUAAUCUGGAAA